AUGGCGAAGAACAACCGAUUGCCGCAUAGAGUGCGCUUGGGUGUGGUCUCGAUAAGGUUUCCUGAGGCCCACUUUUCUUGGGCUCCACAAGGGAUGAUGUUUAUGUCUCUUGGCCUUUGGUUUUUCGUCUUCUUCUUUACUCCAAAAGCCUACUUGGACAUUGUCAUUGUACGACCAUUUUACAUCUGUCUCUUCUACACCUUUCUGGGUUAUUUUCCCCUUAUCAAGACUGGGACAAGUUGUUUGUCUCCCCUUUUUUUGCAGAAAAUUGUAUGCCUCUCUUCUUCAUCUUUUUCUUACUCUUUGAAGGGAGGGAAAGGCAGGAGCUUGUAUUGUCUUCUUGUGUUUUAUCCUUUUCAAUAUGAAGGGAUAGAUCAUACUCGGGACAAAAUCCAUUGCUAA